CCAGGAAAAUGGUCGUGGAGACGGAUAGUUGAAUAGAGAGGGCGUGACGAAAGACUGUAUAAAUCAACACGGUCUGUUGAGAAACUGGAGGUUGUUUUAUUAGACUAUCUUUAGUUCGCUGUAGUCAAGCACGAUACGUUGGCCUUGGCUGCAACUCCAUCCGCCGCCGUCGCUUACGCGGGUCGGAGCAGAGAGUAAUGCUGACUGAGCUACUCCGCAAUGAAUUUAAACCUUCACGUGAGAGUAUCGAAGGGCUUCAGUGUGAAGAAGCUAGUGUGAUACGCACUGAAAUGAGAAGGCACACGCGGUGGUCUUGAUGAAAAAUUUGGUAGUCACGCGCUCGUCGGUCUCAUUUGCGCUGCUCCGGAGAUGAGGAGGUUGUAGUUGGAGUCUCUGAUUUGAAGUUGCGUGGAGGAGAUUGAGGUAUUGGCUUCAAUUCGUUUAUGUGGCGGUUCGUUUUGAAGUUUCGGUCGGGGAGGUUGGAGUAGUGGUGUAAUUGAUAGCGCUCCAGGGUUUUAGCACGGAGGGUUGGGUCGGAGGUUUUGCCUCGGAGGAAAAUUGCUACUGUCGACGAAUUUGAAGUGAGGCUUGUCUUGAUACAACUGCUCGCAGAAUUACCCCAGCCUUAGAAAUUCUUGGAACAUAAUACAAUUUGGACGAAUAAUUGUGCAGCUGCCUUUCGUCGGAGUUUUUGUAAGAUAGGCUGUCCCCUGCUAGUGUUUCGUGGGGCGUUUGUAGUACGCGACAAAGUGGCCACCGGGCACAAUUUGAUUGCAAGCAAACUAUGGGAAACUCUACAGGAGCUUGGGUGGUGUUUUUUCUCUCUAUAUCCUCAAUUUUUGUGUCUACCAGCGGACAAGCCUUGCCUACUUGCCAUGGAGUGGAGGUUCUCUACACGUUGAUCGGUAAUGCGCUUCAGAUCUAUCCCAAUGAGACCCUACCGGAAAAUCAAGUGUAUAGGUUUGAGGCCAACAUCACUUUGACGAACAAGGGCUACUCGACGCUGGACACCUGGGGUGUGGGACUCACGUUUCAGCAUAGAGAGGUUCUUGUGUCAGCAUCCGGAUUGUACCCGGAUGACGGAAGAACACUUCCCGCUAAUGUCUCCCAAGGAGUAAUUCUGAUACCGUCAUCCUCUCAAGUCCUGAGGAAUUCCAUAGAAACCGCUGGAGAUCCGGGUAAGAUUCAGAGGAGUUACAGCAUCGUAGGUGACGAAUUUGGCGUGCCGCUAAAUCCCAUGCCACGCGCUCUCAACUUGACAAGCACUGGCUACAAUUGCAGCACGGCCCAACUGAUUGGAGUUACAACGUUGCACACUUGCUGCGUUGAGCCCAACAGCACCAUAACGCUUACUAGUGACGACACACCUCUGCCACCCAUAGCAGGCGACAUCUUAGUUACUUAUGAUGUGCGACAGGCAUACGCGAGUAAUUACAGGGCGCUGGUGACUAUUUCUAACGAAAGCCCAUAUGGAAGGAUCGAUAACUGGAACCUACAAUGGAAUUGGACAGAAGGAGAAUUUAUCUACACUAUGCAGGGAGCUAGGCCCAAAGUUGCAGACACCCAGGUCUGUGUAGCAGGGGAAGCUGGAACUAAUUACCCUCCUUCCGCGACUAUGGACAUCAACUCUGCAAUAAGCUGCUCAACUAGCCCAGUGAUAGCCGAUGUUCCUUUGGAAAAGCAGAACGACACCCUUGUCGGCAACGUCAAGCACUGUUGCAGAAAUGGAACCAUUCUACCAGCCGUGAUUGACCCCUCCAAGUCUAAAUCUGCCUUCACGAUGAAUGUUUUCAAGCUUCCUCCUUAUGCCGGAGACUCAAUGCACCUGGUCCCUCCGUCUAACUUCAGAAUUGGGGAUGGCGUCUACACGUGCGGUGCUCCUCGACUCAUUGCUCCUAGCCUCUUCUUCUCUGACUCAAGCUUGGACUACUCAGAAAACGCGCUCAAGACGUGGCAGGUGAGUUGUAAUAAGUCUACAGGAGCAACGAAGCCUCCUCCCAAGUGUUGUGUCUCGUUCUCGUCCUACCUCAACGAUUCAAUCAUCCCUUGCCCAACAUGCGCGUGUGGAUGCGCUGCAAAGCCUCAGCCCACCUGUAGCACCACCACUCCAGCAAUGCUACUUCCUUACAGUGCACUGACAGAUAGACCUGCAAACCGAACAGACAAAGCUGUGGUGUGGGCUAACAUGAACCAUUUUCCAGUUCCGAACCCUCUGCCUUGUCUAGACAACUGCGGAGUCAGCAUCCAUUGGCACAUCGUGUCGGAUUACUCUAAAGGCUGGAGCGCGCGUAUGUCACUCUUCGGCUGGUCUAAUGACACGCAUCCCGAUUGGUUUGCCGUGGUGGAGAUGCCCAAGGCCAUGCCAGGGUUCGAGAAGGCCUACACUUUCAACGCAACACAAAUCCUGGCGUCGCCCUCCAACACAAGCUUCGUCGUGCAAGGAACGCCAGGAUACAACAACUACCUGCUAGGAGUCACUUCCCCAUCUGUUAAAACUGGGGUAUCCAUGUUGCAAUCGAUUGUGUCGUUCGCCAAGGGGAGCACUCCAGGUAUCGAUAUCAAAGGUAAAGAUGGUUUCCCAUCCAAGAUCUGGUUUAAUGGCGACGAAUGUGCUAUGCCAGAUACGUGGCCCACAAGUGAGGCUUUGCGGAUGGCCUCUCCCUCAACGGUCUUGGCCGCCUUUCUGAUUUUGAUCUGGACUCUCUCGUUCGGUCCUUUGGAACUUCUUUGAGGUUAGAGACAAUGUGCAGGGCUCUGAGUAGCCAUUUGUUUAGCUAGAGUUCCUGUGAACAGCUUGUGGACGGGCAUUUAGUUAAUGUAGUACAAAUUACUGGACGAUUGUUCAGUAGGAGUUAGUACAUUCUUCACCUCAGGGCAACAACGUGGUUGCGAUUAUCGUUGCUCCCUAUUUGUAAAUUAUGUUGACCACUGAUAUCAAUUUGGUCGCCAUCAACAGAUUCUUAAAGCAGUUACCCAUGUUUAUGUCUUCGGUGCUGGCAUUAUCUUUGUCAGCCUCUGAAGUGAAGCUCCUGAAUGAUGCUCUUCCAUAAUGUUAAAUUUGGUUCGUGGA